AUGAAGUUUUCACUUCCUGGCGUUACCACCGCCCUCCUCUGCGGCCUGAGCAGUUGGCAAUCGGUCAAUGCUACGCCACUGCCUCUUUCAGACCGAGGUCUCGAGGUCAAACCAACUACUUCUCCCGAGACACGCGCCGAGAUCAAGCGCAGCCUUCACAAUCUGGGAAAGCGCUCGGUGACUGCGACGGAAGUCUGCCGAAAGGCAACCAACGACGACUUGCGGGUGCUGACAGAUGCUCAACUGCGAGUAUUGAUGGACAACGCCAAUUCUCUCUUCAACUUCCCCGUCACUAGCUUCGCUACACCUAGAACCUACCGCAGCGAUAUGUUCUAUGGCACCUCGUACGGAGGGUGGAACGCGCGAUUGUCAGUCCUUCGCAACGUCGACAUCGUGCAGUACGACCAGAAUCCAGCGCAGGUCUGCCUGGACGGCCUCAAUGCCGAAGUCAACUUCUACCCAGAUGAAGGCACUUGCUCCAAGAACUCGAUUUCCACAUACGGCAGGUCCAUGUCGGAUGGUACACAGAUCUCACUAUCGGUCACGCAAGGCUAUACCGUGUCCACUACAGUGACCACAGAGAGCUCGACUGGACAGUCGUUCCAAUACGAUUCAACCACAGAGAAGACGGUUAGCACCAGCUCGUCAUCAGGCUCGUCAUCGGAGGUCAACGGCAACGUCGAAACCACGCUUGGUUUCGAGCUCUUCGGUGCUGAAUCGUCCGUGGGCAUCUCUGUGGGCUUCAACAGUGUCGAUACUUCCGAUUCGUCCAGUGGCACGGACACCACUACUGGCGGAACCACUUCGACUGGCAGUGAUUCAAGCUCCACCUCUGGUACCGAGGUACUUGCUCAACAGGACUUCAGUAAUUCGGUUGCUAUCACUAUCAGUCCUCCAGCUGGCUAUACCUGCUACGUCUCAGUCGAUGUGACACAAUGCCGAGGCUCUGCGAGUGUCGUCACGGACAUCGUCUACCCCUCUGGUAUGGUCCUCUUUGACUUUGGAGCCAAUCCGGCUUGCCUGGCUUCCGACUCCCAGUGUUCGCAGGGAACAAGUCGCUACUUCUAUGUCCCCAUUGAUACUCUCCUGAACGGCUUCACGCCCAGUGUGAUCACUGAUUACCUGUCCAUUGGAGUCAAGAUGAGCGGACAGUACUCUGAGCACUGUGACGCACCCAAAGUCGUUUCAUCCAGCAACGACACCACCACUGCAGUCUCGUCUGUGGACAAGACCUACAAGCCAACACUCAACUGCCCGACCAAUCUGGGCAUCAAGAAGGGGUGCAGCGCUACCAUGGACGAUUACUUGGGCGAGAGCGUCAUCACUGGUGACACGAAUCUAUGGGCGAGCAAUUCAGUCUCGUAUUCGCAGUCUCCGGGACCCUCAACCAAUGUCAGCUUUGGCCAACAGAUGAUCACCUUCAACGCCAGCACACCCUACCAGUCUACCUCCUGCCAAGCUCUUUUGCAAGUCGUACCCGAGUACUCUAGCACCUUUGUACCUAGUGUCAACCAGCUACCAUAUCCCCAAGAUGGAAGCGACGUCCUCGAUGCCUCGUACGUUGUCGGCUACGUUUCUAGCUGUGAUGAGACCCAAUACGGAACCUGUGUGGUCAAGAGUGUCUCUAGUCGCUCCACCAAAGGCUUUACAUGGCAGCAGACCAGCCCGAAGGGUAAUCCACAGACUACCUUCCGCUUUGGCAACAGCGGCAAUGGCUGGCCAGAGGAUGAUGUCUUGACGUUCUCGAUUAGCUGUUCGGACGUAUAUGGAAAUACCGGAGGUCUGCAGAGCUUCCAGCAAGCUUACAGGAACGACAUUGCCACGUCCACUCUCACUGCGGCCACCUCUACCUAUACCUUCCACUCGGCGACGAAGUUCCUCUACUCUUCGAUCUCCACACUUUACACAUCCAUGGUCACCCCAAUUGCUACCGUAGACCUCAACACUAGGACAUUCUACCUCACUACGACGUACACGGGUACACGAAUCGUGCCUGGUCCCACAGCUGCCUCCUUCUAUGGUGGUGUGACAACGACGCGCGUAGAAUCGACGACGAGCUCCCUUCUCACCGGUGUCAAGACCGAGUUCGUGACUCAAGCAACUCCUACAGUCUUCCGAACUAUCACCAGACCAGCGAAAAACAUCGUCACUCAGUGGACCACCUUGCCUCAAAAUUCCACCACACAGGUCACUCUUCCGACAAUCACAACCACGACGACUGCUACCCAGUGCGGUACCAUCGUGGAGGCUGCCUCGACUGCAUCUCCCACGUCGACUGCGACUGUUCUUGGCAAUGGCGCCUUGGGCGGUCGUGUGACGACCACAAAGUCCAGCUCGACUGGUAAGAGCAACUCGAGCGCCAAGAGUAGCUCGACCAAGGCGACCAGUAGCUCCAAGUCCUCUUCCACCUCAUCGAAGAAAGCAUCUAGUACUACCUCCUCUAAGAAGUCCACCUCGACCAAGAAGGCCAGCAGCACAACAAAGAAGGCCAAGUCGACGAGCAAAAAGGACAAGCGAUCUGUCGAGACUGCCGUUGGCCUGGCGGACCGAGCAGUGCAUUCUGUCACUACUGUGACCGACAAGUCCGGCACCUACGUGGUGACAGACUACACUGGUACAGCUACACAGACUCUGUCGGCCACGACUGUCGUCACAGACUUCACUGCCUGGGCCACCUCUACCGUUGCCAAGACUUCGACAGUCUACGAUCCAUUCCAGACUCUGUACGUGUUUGCCACUUUGACGACCGACAAGAUCAAGACGGCUCGCGACUCUUACACUCAGUACGAUACGGUCACGAGCACUAGGAUGGUGACAGACGUCUCGACUGUGUACAGUGUGACUACCUCCACUAUUCCACAGGUGACCAGGCCUACGGUGAGCUACCUGCCUGACCCAACGGUGACUAGCACUGCUACGCCCUCGACCUACACUGCUCUUACUGCCUUCUCCACUUCCACGAGCACCAUCACCGAGACGGUCAGCAAGGAGGCUUGCACUCUCUACAUCCUCUAA